AUGCGAAAAGAUUUCACCUUCACACUCCGAGCAUUGCCUUUCACACCGGCCGUGGCUUUGAGCUUCGUUUUCGUCGCAAUGUCCAUCCAAGUCAGUGUGUAUCAAAACCGUCCGAUUUUGACACUCCAUUCCACACAAUGCCACACCUCGCUGAAAUCAAAGAUCGCUAGGUUUGACUCUCGUUCUCCCACACUCUUGUGCAACAUCAUCCGAGAGGUCAAAAAGCUCUUCAUCAGUCAUCCCUCGAAGUUGGAAUUGCUUCGAUCGACUUCUGCUGUCUCCACUGAACCGUCCGCUCACCUCUUCAAUACCCACAUGCCAUCGCAUCGAACUUCUUUCCCACCAUUCGUUGUCUUGGAGAUAUACCCACUACUGAAACCAGACAAAUCCAGCAGCGGAGAGCGACAGAAUGACGGCGCAACCACCGAAAUUGCAAGACCUGAACCUAUGGUCGAAAUUGCUGUUGCUCUGAACGACUCGAAAUUCUGUCGGCCCUCGCGAGGUGUGAUCUCGUGA